AUGGCGAGGAGUUGCAUACAAUCGUUGCUGAAGUUGGUGAAUUCUGUAAUAGGAAUGGUUGGGGUUGCCAUGCUUUUGUACGCUUUGUGGAUGCUUAGGGUUUGGGGCAAUCACACGGGUCAUUUUCCUCAUCCCUUCAUCGGUCCCGAUACCCCUGUUCCAUGGUUCAUCUAUACUUUUCUUGGCCUUGGGGUCACUUUGUGUGUGAUCACAUGCUCAGGUCACAUUGCUGCGGAGACUGCUAAUGGUUGCUGCCUUUUUUUCUGUCGUCUUUUUCAUCCAGCUAAUGAAAAGCACAGCUUGAAAGCUCAAUUCCUAGCUGCUAGAGCUAAAUUUAAGGCUACUACCUUAGCAGUUCUAAUAGCUCUUUUGAAUUAG